AUGGGGUUCAAAGUACACGGAAAAAUGUUGCAAAAAAUACAGGUGUGAUGCGUUCCGCGUAUAACGGUAUAAAUCUUCCGUUCGAGACGAACGGAAAAGUAGCUCAAGACUUUCUGGGAGUAAAGAGAACUACCUGACGUGUCGGUUUAAUUCAUAAUCAGUUCUUCACUCGCAAACGUCGCUUUAGCAUGAAGAUUCAUUCGUCUGUCCCGCGUCGGACUGCAUAAAUUAACACUUUUCGAAAUUGUGGACAACUAAUUUUAAAAGAAUGCUAUUCAUCAGUUGGAUAUUUGCUGUAAUGACAAGCGUUUUAAUGUAUUGUAAACAUCGAGAAAGUUGUCCCUUCAUCAUUCAACGAAUCAUCAACGAAGUGAAAUAUUCUAUAUUAGGUAUCAAAGAAGCUUUCAACGAUUGGAAAGAUGCAAAAUAUAACAAGAAUAAUGAUUGUCCACCCCAAAAAGGCAGAGUUGCAAUUGUAACAGGAGGUUCUAGAGGAAUUGGUGUAGAUGUGGUUAAAAUGCUUUUAGAACUUGAUAUGGAAGUAAUCAUUGCUUGUAGAACACCUGCCGCCGGCGACGAAACCAUUCUUCGGAUUAGAGAGUCCGGUGUAAAAUCUGGUGUAGCAAAAGUAUACAAACUUGAUAAUUCUUCUUUAAAGUCUGUAAAACAAUUUGCUACACAGAUAAAGAAAGAUUACAAACAAAUUCAUGUUUUAAUCAAUAAUGCUGGUGUUAUGUUCUGUCCUUAUCAUGAGACCGAGGAUGGCUUUGAACAACAAUGGGCUGUAAAUUACUUAUCACAUUUUUUAUUGUCAGCACUUCUAUUACCAUUAUUGAAAGCUGGUGGUCAUCCACAACAAUCCAGUAGAAUUGUUAAUGUUUCCUCGUGUGCUCACCUUUUGGGGAAAAUUAAUUUCAGUGACAUUAACAACAAAAACGGUUUCAUCAGUGGCCAAGCAUAUGCUCAAAGUAAAUUGGCACAAGAAAUAUCUACAAAAAUAUUACAAAAUCUCUUGAAAGAAAAAAAAUAUCAUGUACAAGUUUACUCUGUACAUCCAGGCAUAAUAUUAACAGAUCUUUUUAUACAUACUGCUUUUUGGAGAUUUAAAUUCUUGUUUCAACGGAUUCUUAAAUCACCCAAAGAAGGAGCUACACCUAUUGUAUAUGCAGCUGUGAACAAAGCAAUUGAAAAUUAUGGUGGUAUAUACAUCAGCAAUUGCCGUCCUACUCCUAGUCAUCCAGAUGCGCUCGAUUUAUCUAUUCAAAAACAAUUGCUCAAUGUAUCUCUUCAACAAGUGCAGCUAAAUGAUUUUUUCCAAUACAUAGAGUAACAAUAUAUAUUACAUUUAACGAUGGACAAUUUCUGUUCAAAAGUGUAUUAUUUAUUACAAACUAGAAAAUUAAUAAAUCUAUCUAAAUAAAAUCGAAAA